AUGUGGAUGACGUGUACUAAUGCCAUUGGAAACUACUCCUGCGCAUGCGCAGUUGGCUGGCAAGGGGAAAAUUGCGAUCAAGAUAUAGACGAGUGUUUCCUAAACCAAUGUCGAGGCUAUGCAGUAUGCAAUAAUACUAUUGGAAAUUAUUCGUGCGCAUGCGUAAAAGGCUGGCAAGGAGAAAACUGCGAUCAAGAUGUUGACGAGUGUCUAACUAACCCGUGCUUGAAUGAAGGAACGUGCGUUAAUGUUGAUGGAAACUAUAUCUGUUCUUGUAAAGGAAGCUGGAAAGGACGGCACUGUGAUCAACAAGAACUAGAAAGCAGGGCAAACAAACUUGCCGAUACUCAAGUCUAUCUUACUUCCCUGCCUUUUGUCAUCUCUGUUUUUGGAAUUGCAAUCUUAAUUGUUUGGAGAAAAUACCGAAAAAUGAGAGACCCGAAAUCAGGUGAUCAACUGGGAGACGACAACAAGAAAGCGCUGUCUCUGGAUGAUUUUCCAGAAGAAUUGGUACAUCAAGAAUAUGGAGGUUUCUUACCCGCAGACCCAUGGAAUAGCGAUGAAGGAUUAGAAAAUUCGUACUUUGCGGGUCGUUAUUUAGGAUAUGCUCCGAUUGACCAAACAGCUAGUGAUGACGACUUUUCAAUGGAUUCAUUUACUGAAGAUAUAGUGCUAUGGGACAGACAGAGCCUAGAACGAAUGCAGGGGAAUAUGUAUCAAACGGCUGAAGAUCCAGAAAUGGAAGAUGAAACCCAAAAUGCAGGUGCGUCUCGUACUGGCAUGCAAAUACCGUUGGAACACGAAGAGGAAAGCGGGAGUCUAGAAGCAAUCAACCAACAGGAAAGAACAAUAGGCGAUACGAUGUCUGAAGACGAAACACUUGCUGGUUCUUUUGUUUUGGGGAAAGUUCGUGUACUCGAAGCAGCCUUCGAGAAACGCGGUUUGAAGAGAGAUUGAAAAAAAAAUUGAUAUGAUAUUUACUAAAUUUUAAAAACUUAUUUCAAAGUCAUGCUUCACUAUUUUUUAGUCAUUCUGUCAUUACGAUUCCUUGAUGAAUUAGCAAUACGGAUUUAUAUUGUUUAUUCACUCAAAAUGCUUGUUACUUUUAG